GUUCAUACAUGUUUCUAACAAUUUGUAACUCAGCCGGGAUAUCUUCCACUUCUUUUCGCACCCCUCCUAUACUUACCCCAUGCUUCCCAGUGUUCAUUGAUGAUUGAGCCAGCCCAUGUUUUUAACACUCUUAGAUUGGGACCCCUGGUCGAAGUACCUGUGUUGCUGUCAUUGAGUUACCUUGCACUGUGGCUCCGAGGGCGAUUGAACUGGGAAGAGGUUUCGAAAGGUGGGGAGGCAAAUAGCGUAGAUGUUGAACGAAAAUAGUGGCUUGCUUCUGCGACGUCUCUUAC